AUGCUGCAGGACAAACUCACCCGCACCCUGUCCAGCAUAUCAAAUAUUUCCAAAGGGAGCAAGAGCAGCAAAAAGGAUAGCAAGGCUGCUAGCAUUGCCGGCAGCAUUGCCAGCAGCGUAGCCGGCACUCCCGACGAUGAGUAUGACAAUCCACUAGAGAGCGUGGCUCGCUGGCGCCUGACCGCCAAUGCCGUCGCCCUACGCUCGGGGGCCGCGUUCGCCUUCGGCCUGCAAAACCGCUCCUCUCCCGUCCCACCCGCUGCGAACAGGGUCAUCUGGCUCGAUUCCACCCUAUCGGAGUGGAGCGGCAAGGAGAAGAUCAAGGUUGACGUCUGGCUCCCACCCACCACCACUAGCACCAAGCCCACGGGCAAGGCCCCUGCACUUAUCAAUUUCCACGGCGGCGGGUUCGUCCUCGGUCAAGGGACCGACGAUGCACGCUGGGCUGGUUCCGUGGCUUCCGCACUCAACGCCGUGGUUUUCUCCGUCAAUUACCGUCUGGCCCCGGGCUAUCCCUUCCCCACCCCGGUAGAGGACUCUGCCGACGCCAUCCUGCAGAUCGUCGCUCGUGCUGCAGAGUUCCGCAUCGAUACAGAAAAGGUGUUUCUCUCGGGAUUCUCGGCUGGAGGCACUUUGGCCCUCGCCAGCUGGAUCAUCCUCCAGAACCCCGACAGGUGGAGCUAUAAGUUCAGCAUUCCAGUCCCCGACAUCUCCGGUAUCGUCCUUUUCUAUCCCCUUUUGGACUGGACCAUGACGAGGCCCCAGAAGCGGAACACGUGUGGAAGGCCUGACAUGACUCUGCCUAAAAGCAUGACCGAUCUUUUUGAUGCAUCCUAUGUAUACCCGCCCCGCCCGAGGUCUGAACGCGGUGAUCCCCGCCUCUCACCCGGUCUCAUGACAGAUGAGAUGAUCGAUCAGCUGCCCCCUGUUCACCUAUGCUUGUGCGAGUUCGACAUGUUGCUACUGGAAGGCCAGAGCUUUGCUGAACGGGCCAGGUCUCGAGGUCGUCGGGUCAGCACACGUGUUGUCAAGGCCGAAAAGCAUGCUUGGGAUAAGCCUCCUCCGUUCACGCCCAAAGAAUCGGUCAUGGUCGAGUACAAUGAGGCCAUCACGGCUCUUAAGGAAUGGUCAGAGAACCCUCAUCCAAAGCUUGGAUAA